GUCUUAAAAAUGAGCUAUAACAAGGUCCGAAAACUUCAGAAAGAUACUUUUUGUGGCCUCAGGAGCUUGACACGCUUGCAUUUGGACCACAACAAUAUUGAGUUUAUAAACCCAGAGGCUUUUUACGGACUCACCUUUCUCCGCUUGGUGCACUUGGAGGGAAAUCAGCUUACGAAGCUCCAUCCAGAUACGUUUGUCUCUUUGCGCUACCUCCAGAUAUUUAAAACAUCUUUCAUUAAGUACCUCUACUUGUCUGAUAACUUCCUGACCUCCCUCCCUCAGGAGAUGGUCUCCUACAUGCCCGACCUAGAAAGCCUUUAUCUGCAUGGGAACCCGUGGACCUGUGAUUGCCAUUUAAAAUGGUUGUCUGACUGGAUACAGGAGAAGCCAGGUGUAAUAAAAUGCAAGAAAGACAGAAGCCCCUCCGGUCCUCAGCAAUGUCCCCUUUGCAUGAACCCCAGGACCUCUAAAGGCAAGCCCUUAGCUGUGGCCCCAGCAGCAGCUUUCCUGUGUGCCAAGCCCACCAUCGACACAUCCCUGAAAUCAAAGAACCUGACUAUACUGGAAGAUGGUGAUUCUGCCUCCAUCUCUCCCCAGGACUUCGUAGCACCCUUAGGCUCCCUCACUUUGAAUAUGACAGAUCAGUCUGGAAAUGAAGCUAACAUGGUCUGCAGUAUCCAAAAGCCCUUGAGGACAUCACCCAUUACAUUCACUGAAGAAAAUGACUACGUCAUGCUAAAUACGUCAUUUUCAACAUUUCUGCUGUGCAACAUAGAUUACAGUCACAUUCAGUCAGUGUGGCAGCUUCUGGCUUUGUACAGUGAUUCUGCUCUGAUACUAGAAAGGAGCCACUCGCUCACUGACACACCACAGCUCUGUUACAAAUAUAAACAGGUGGCUCUUAAUCCUGAAGACACUUUUAGUAACAUAAAGGCUGAUCUCAGAGCAGAUCCCUCUUGGUUAAUGCAAAGCCAAAUUUCCUUGCAGCUAAACAGAACUGCCACCACGCUCGGCACAUUAUGGAUCCGGUACUCCAGUAACGCGCAAGUCACUUUACCAAGGGCAGAGGUGAGGCCGGUGAAACACAAAUGGACCAUGAUCUCGAGGGACAACAAUACUAAACUGGAACGCACUGUUUUGGUAGGAGGGACCGUUGACUUGAACUGCCCAAGCCACGGUGACCCCACCCCACAUUUGGAGUGGCUUCUGGCUGAUGGGAGUAAAGUGAGAGCCCCUUAUGUGAGUGAGGACGGACGAGUCCUAAUAGACAGAAAUGGAAAGCUGGAGCUCCAGAUGGCUGACAGUUUUGACACAGGCAUGUAUCACUGCAUAAGCACCAGUUACGAUGAUGCAGACAUUCUCACCUACAGGAUAACUGUGGUGGAGCCCAGCAUAGAAGCCUAUCAGGAAAAUGGGGUUCAUCGCACAGUUUUCACUGGUGAAACACUCGACCUUCCAUGCCAUUCUACUGGUAUCCCAGAUGCCUCUAUUAGCUGGGUUCUUCCAGAAAACACAGUGGUCUAUCAGUCCUCUAGAGACAAGCAAGUUCUUAGUAAUGGCACAUUAAGAAUAUUACAGGUCACCCAAAAAGACCAAGGUCAUUAUCGCUGUAUAGCAGCCAACCCAUCAGGGGUCGAUUUUUUGAUUUUCCAAGUUUCAGUCAAAAUAAAAGGACAAAGGCCAGUGGAGCAUCACGAAGAAACAGAUGGGUCUGGAUUGGAUGAGCCCAAUCCCACUGCUCACCUUAAGUUUCCACCAGCUGUACAACCCCCUACAUCUGCUCCAGUGGGAGCUGAGGUUGGAAAACAGGUCUCAAGCACAAGUAGGAAGCACAACUCUCAGGAGUUAAUACACCAGCAACGUGAGGAAUCAACAAAUCGACGUUUUAGGGAGCACAGGAGACACUUCCUUCCCUCUGCUCGUAGAAUUGACCCACAGCACUGGGCAACACUUUUGGAGAAAGCUAAAAAGAAUGCUGUGCCAGAGAAACGAGAAAAUACCACAGUAAGGCCACCUUCACCAGCCACCCACCUCCUGAAAAUACCUGGUGAGGAAGAAGACUCUUCAGCCAUGCUCCCUCCAGAUGAGGAAUUUAUGAUCCUGGCAACUAAAGCUUCGAAUGUUCUUGUAAGGCCAGUGACUGCUGAUUCCAGAACAAUAUCUGAUAGCCCUGUGACAUAUACAACUUCUGGCACAGAAGUCUCUCUAAUUGUGAGUCCACAAAUACUACCACCUGAAAAACCUAUAGAUUUCAAACUCUCUACUGCUAUUAAAACUACAACCAUAUCAGAGAAUACAAACCCAACCAUAUCAAGCAAAAUGCAUGGGACAACCAAUCAAAAUUCAUCUACUAUCCUUCCACUACUACCUGGAGUGACUGAAUUUCAGGACGCUGACCAGAUGGGGAGAAGAGAGCCUUUCCACAGUGCACCCCCAGUAACAGUGAGGACUGGGAUCAAAGAUGUCAAUAUCAAAAUGCUUAGUAGCCCUAACAGCAAAGCUCACCUAUUCUUGGAGUCAGUAAAUACCACGAAUGGUCAACAAACACCUGAGCCCAGGAGCAAUCACUUCUAUUCUCACACUACUCAGAAACCGAGCACCUCUGGGCUCCCUUCAGAUCCACACACUGCUGCUCAUCCUCAGCUUCAGAUUCCUAGAAACAGUACAAUUAACAUACCACUGUCUAGACGCUUUGGGAGACGGAGGAAAAUUUGGGGCAGGGGACAGAUUAUCAGCCCAUAUAGAACUCCGAUUCUCCGAAGGCAUAGAUAUGGCUCUGUGAGGCCAACAUCCAGAGAUUUUUCCAAAGAAAGCACUACUGCAUUUUCAGCCACAGACUUCAAUGUCAUGUGCCCGUCCUGUCCUCCCAGAGAGAGACUCACCACUGCUACAGCGACUUUGUCUUUUCAAAGUUCUUCCCCCUUCCCCCUUUCCAAAGCUGACCUUGCCAGAGUUGUAUCAGAAGAGUCUACAACUCUAGUCCAGAAUCCAUCAUUGCUAUUUGAGAAUAAACCAAAUGUAGACAUUGAGAAAACAACACUCACAAUA